UGUCUCGUGUCCAUAGCAUCAUCAACAGACCAAAGCAUAUCCUCUCUGCACAAUAGGUCCCCACCAUGGAUUCCAUCUCCUCUCCCAAGUAACACCGAAACCUUGAAAUAUACUGACAUCCAGACAGAGAGAGAGGACGAGAUAGAGAGAAGUCAAGAGGUUAGCUACAAUGGCGUUGGCCACGGCAAGGCUAAUUCACCCAUGCAGCGUGGUGUCCAAGAACCCGAGAGCGCCACAGCCACCCUUGUUCAUCCACUCCCACAAGCCCCUGGCUACCACACGGACCUCAUCAUCUCACUUCUGGCUCCACUCCGUCGACGUGUCCAAGGACGACAAGCCGCUGGACACGGCGGCGGCCGAGACCAAGCAAGAAGACUUCUCCGCGCCAUUGCCGGGGGAGCUGGACGAGGGGGAGGACGGCGGGCCGAAGCUUGACCCUCGCCGGUUCGAGGAGCAGUUCGCGGUGCUGAACACGGGUGUGCACGAGUGCCGGUCGUGCGGCUACCUGUACGACCAGGCGGCGGGGGACCCGUCCUACCCGGUGCCUCCGGGGCUGCCGUUCGCCAAGCUCCCCGACGACUGGCGGUGCCCGACGUGCGGCGCGGCGCAGUCCUUCUUCGACAGCAAGAGCAUCGAGAUCGCGGGGUUCGCGCAGAACCAGCAGUUUGGCCUCGGUGGCAACUCGCUCACCUCCGGCCAGAAGACUCUGCUCAUCUACGGAAGCCUCCUUGUCGGCUUUGCCUUCUUUCUCUCCGGCUACUUCUUGCAAUAAGAAAAUAGCUUGUUUAAAUUGGCCUCAGUGCAUUUCGCACACUACACAGAUCGAAUGCAAUGCUGCCAAGUUUUGUUUUUUCAUACUUCGGAACAUUUACAAAUGGUCUAGAGAACUAUUUGGAACUACGCACUAAGAAAUGCGGGCAGUACAGACUAAUAAAUAGAGUGGAGAUUUGGUUCA